GACAACAAAGCUAAAAAAUAGGUGUCGCUUAGGUAAAGAAAGGUGGUCAGAGAGAGUUCCUCCGUCGCUCUGGGGCUUGUCACCGUCUUUCUCAUCACCUAAGUCUCUCUACUCUCUCUCUGUUCGUCGGACUUCUCUCACCACCUCUCUGACUCACCAGCAUGGCUCAACGGAGGGGUAAAGUUUCAUUCAGAAACCUGACGAAAAGUCAACUAGGUGGUGUUGUAUUUGGCUGCACUAAGAAUACCAUCAAAGAAUGUAUGUCGAAACAGCUGUUUGGUUUACCCUACAACCACAUUUCAUACGUGCAGAAGAUUGACAUUGGUUUACCAUUGUUUCUUUUCAACUAUUCUGAUCGUACACUUCAUGGCAUUUUUGAGGCUGCUGGUCCUGGUCAGCUGAAUAUUGACCCUUAUGGCUGGACCUCUGAUGGUUCUGACAGAACCUCAUAUCCUGCACAGGUUCAAAUCAGUAUGAGGUUACAGUGUGAACCACUUUCCGAGAAAAAAUUUAAACCUGCUAUUGCAGAUAAUUACUACAGUCCUCACCAUUUUUGGUUCGAGCUCGAUCAUUUUCAGGCUAGUAAGUUGAUAUGUCUGCUUACUUCUUUUGCUGUGGAACCUAAACCACCCAUGAAUACAUCAAACACAAGACAGAUCUUUCACUUGAUUGAAAAGAAAGAGAAUAGUGAUGAGAUUAAGCCUUCGGAGAAUGAAACAGUGGAUAGCUUGGAAGUGCCACUCAGUUCUGUCAUUGAAUCUGACUCCUCAGCUGCGGCUUCUCAUCCUGGUUUCUCUGAGAAUCAUCCAGACGUACACGAGCCCAAACAAAUUGACAAGGAAUUUGUUCUUGAGAAACUGAAAGGUCUCGCCUUUGAGCAUGGCGAGAAUAGUCUUAUGAAAACUGUUGAACGAGCCAACAUUCCCACCUGCAUGAACUUGGAAGACAGAGAUACACUUGAAGAGGAAACAUAUUCAGAAGGGAAAAGUGAUGGCAGUUCUCUUGUCUCAUCUCUUCUUCCACAUACAAUUAGCCAGUUGAUGCAUGAGGUGAAGGAACUCAGGGCAAACGGGCUGGAAAAUUCAACCAAGAUGUGUUACUUGGAAGAGAAGCUGGACGAAGCACACAAGGAAAUUCAUAGAUUGAGAGAGCGGUGCAACAUGCUGGAGUCUAUAUCAGGUUCUUUAAUCACCAAAGCUGGUGAUAGUGAAAGGGAGAUCCAUUCACCUGAUGAUUCAAACUUAGAUCCAGCCGAGUCAAUUCUUCUAUUGGGUGGAUUCGAUAAAGAUUCUGAAACAUGGUUGCCAUCAGUGGUUUCAUACUUUCCAUCCAGCAAUGUUGUAAAGACUCAUAGUUCAACGAGUUAUAUCCGUUCAAAUGCUUCGGUGGCAAAAUUGGAUGAUAAAAUCUAUGUCUUUGGAGGUGAUGAUGGUGGCCGUGGCUGGACCAACACAGUUGAAUCAUAUAACCAGACUGAUGGCCAAUGGAGCUUGUGCCCCUCCUUAAAUGAGCGAAAAGGGAGUUUAGGUGGAGCCACUUUGGAUGGAAAAAUAUUUGCAAUCGGAGGCGGGAAUGGAACCCAAAGUUUUUCAGAUGUUGAGAUGCUUGACCCAGAUAUUGGGAAAUGGAUCAUAACAAGGUCAAUGGCAAAGGAGAGAUUUGCAGUUGCAUCUGUGGAGCAUAACGGUUCAAUUUAUGCUGUUGGUGGUUUUGAUGGCACUGAGUACCUGAACACAGCUGAAAGGUUUGAUCCUAGAGAGCACUCAUGGAUGAAUAUUGCAUCGAUGAAGUCAAGAAGAGGCUGCCAUUCUCUUGUUGUUCUGAACGAAAAACUAUAUGCGAUUGGUGGGUAUGAUGGUGAGAGUAUGGUAUCCAGUGUUGAGAUCUAUGAUCCAAGGACAGGGACAUGGAUCACUGGAGAACCGAUGAAGGAGUUAAGAGGAUAUUCAGCAGUUGCAGUGGUUAAAGACUCAAUAUAUGUCAUCGGAGGAUACAAAGGGGAAGGAGAAGACAUAUUAGACACUGUACGAGUUGAGUGUUUCAAGGAAGGUGAAGGAUGGAAAAACGUGCCUUGUUCCUCGAUUGGUAGGCGUUGCUAUCUAUCCGCAGUGGCUUUGUAAAUGAAAACUUCGAAGCUAUUUUCAUUGGUGGCUGUAAGACAUGAUAAACUCAUGAGAGACGGAGAGCCAUUCAUAUGCCGUUAAGGGUUAGGAGCACUACGUUUUGGGGCAUAGUUUACUUAGCUAAGAAGAAGCAAAAUGGAAAAAAUAGAUUUGCUUCUGUAGGGAAAAAAACAUCUUGCCUUGGUAACCAAUUUGGUUCGUUCGGGUUCAGUUGACAAUUGGCAACCAA